AUGGAUCCAGAAAUAUAUUUAUUAAAGCUAAGCGUCCUUGAGCUAGAGACUGAAAAUAAGAAGUUAAAACAGCUUGCAAAACAGCUUCUAAAGCCUAAAGUUCCUCCUCCACCUACACAAGAACUAGUUGAUCAAUCCGAUUAUAGUGAAGAUUAUCUCUGGCAUAAAUUCAUUAAAGGAUUAAAGCCAGAGAAUAAUAUAUGUGUCGGAAACAUUAAAUUACCUAAUAACAAUAGAGUCUCUUCUCUCGCGGAUGCAAUCAAAACCCGUUGUCCAGAUCGAUUUCAAGAUAUAGAUUCGACCAGUUUGGAUUUAUAUAAGGCCGGGGUGAUAUCUGGUAGCCUUGCAAUCCCCAAGUCAGAAUACAGUAGUGCAGUUAAAAUAGAAGGCGGAACAAAAAUGCAACUGCAAGACAGAAUUUAUAGUCAUUUUCCCAAACAACCCCAACUUAAAUAUCCCAGUGAACGUUACCAUGAACAGGGAAUUAAUGUUGUCGUACAUCCUGAACCGUUGCCAGAAGCGCUAAGCAAAGAUAAAUAG